CUGCUUUGUUUCCCUGCCUGCAUGGCUCUGUUUAGUGCGCACAUGUGACCUCAGAAGGCGCUUACUGGCAUUUAAACAUUAUCGACAGGGUGCUGAAGCUGACAACUCCCCAUACAGACAAACAACCCCUAAACACAAUGGCUUGGUUUGCUGCCCGUUAUGGACGCUUUGAAGCCUUUUUCUAUCUUUAACUCUCAGUGGAGAUCUCUAUUUCCCCCAGCCGCGCAUCAUCUUUGAAAAUUAAAGGACUUUAUUUUGAAGCAGCUGACGAGAACGGCGCCGUGUCCACUCUACAAACGGCAGUUUAAAGCGGAUGCUGUGACACCUGUAGCUGAAUCUGGAUCUCAAUAUCCUGAAACGAGAGGUUGGAUUGUUUCACAUCCGUUCUGCAUCCGCCCUGCAGGAGAGGUGCUCCGGCGCUGUCUGAUCUCGAGUGGGGAAGCCUAAAGCCAUUUACAGACGCAUUAAUAUCUAAGCCGCUCUCUGUGCCUGCUUAGACAGGAAGGAGCAUGGAUAGAGAGGAAUUUGCUCUGACUAGUGCGUUGAAGGGAUUUGCAGAGCUGGGGGUGUGCUCCUGUUCAAACUAAGCUAAGGACAGUGGAUAAAGCACGGUCACUAACAGCUCGCCAUUUCUCUUCGAGCCUUCUUGGGGUCGGUUUUUUUCAGAUUUUUGGGCAAUAAAAUAUAUAUUUUUUUAAUCAGCCAUGGGGAAAGAUGAGUGCAAAACAAUGCUGGAUGCUUUGAACAAAGUGACCGCUUGCUACAGGCAUUUGGUCAUCGCCCUGGGAAGCACCUCGGACUCGCAGAACCUGCGGGAGGAGCUGAAGAGGACCCGCAAAAAGGCCCAGGAGCUGGCCGUGGCCAACAGGACUAAACUGACCUCUCUGCUAAAAGACAAGAGCAUCAGCAAAGAGGACCGGGCCGAGUACGAGCGCCUAUGGGUGCUGUUCUCGAGCAGCAUGGAGCUCUUGGAGGUGGACAUGAAAAGGUCCCUGGAGAUAGGGCAGGAUUUCCCCCUCAAGGUGCCGACGAGACACCUGAUCCAGACGGGGAUGACCGGCAGCACCACCGCGGUGGCGGCCCGGGCCAUGAGCGUGCAGAACAUGAAGUACGAGGCGGACAGCAACAUCGACACGGCGGACCUCCGGGACCUGCAGGCCGAGAUCUCCCAGGUGACCCAGAUGAUGGAGGAGAUGGAGAUGAAGGUGCAGGUGGCGCCUUGGGCCGUCGAGGCGAAGCAGGAAGCAGGCGCGGAGCUCAAGUCCAACAUGAGUGUGGGGAAUUCCUCCGUGGGUGUGAUCUCCAUCUGCGAAGAGGAGCCCAAAGAAGAGGAAGGAGGCGGCAGCAGGGAUACUGGCUUCGCGUCGACCUGCGCUGUGGUUAUAUUCUUAGUCAUCGUUACGGUGGCUGUGGUUUUAGGAUAUUUGGUGAUCAACAUGUCCUGAACUGUCUAUUACCAAAAGCCCACCCUGAUGGACACCCCGCGCGGCUGCCCAGGGGCGUGUCACUGUGGUUACAAGAGCCAGCAGCUCCACAACAGAGAGAAAUAUUUUUAUUUUUUUUGAGGAGCUGAAAACAUUGGGGACAUGUGAAGUUAUUCAUCUUUCUCGGAUUUGUGAAUGUAGCCCAUUCGGUGGAGUUAAAGAGUUGCUCUAGAUAGCCUACAAUGUAGAACAAUAUAAUGAACGUCGAGCACUAUUUGAGGUGAAUUAAACUAUAUCUUUAAAGGGGUCAAGGGGUCGUAUAGCCUAUUUUUGGGAAGAGGGAAAAAAAAUCAGGAAAUUACGUGACAGUGUCUGGCCAUCAGGAUGAUAGGCCAACCAACAACACAUAAUCCAAGUGGAUUAGUGGAAAAGCUCAUGCGUAAACGUAGCCUACUGUUAAGUAUUCCCCUUGAUGUUCUGCUGAUUGAUGCUUUAAAUUUAUGAAUUCAAUCCAGCAACGUCUGACGUGUUCAAACGUGCAUGGUGGUAUCAGAGGAGUGGGGUCAAGUUUAUGGGAACUAAUAGAGCCAUUGUUCCAGUUGGAUGUGAUCAAAAACGCACAGUUCCACGCGCACAGUUUUAGCACACCAUACGAUCUGUAGUAGGCUUCCAUCGUACAGAUAGUAAUUGCAUCAAAUCACAACGUUCUCCAUGAGAGCCUUGGGGACCUGAGAAACAUCCACAGUCAUUUAAUAAUGCACCCAUUCACUGUACGCCUGUUUACGUUCCCUUUCAGGGUUCUCUUGCAGUGUUGAAUGUAUACAUUGCAACAUGUGAAUAGAGGGUUUGUACAUACAGACUGCUGUGUCAGAUGAUGUACAUACAUAAGUAUAUAUAUUUAUUAUAAUAAAAUUUUUAAACACA